GCCCUCCUUCCCGCCCUCGCCGCGGCAGGCGGAGGCGUUGCCGCUGGCCGGGGCCAGCCCAGCGCGGCCCAGGACCGGAGAGGCCGGGCGGUCCGGAUGGGGGAGCCGCCGCCGCCGCCGCUCCUGCUCCUCCUGCUCAGCCUGGCCGGGCGCGGGGCGGCCGCGGAGCCCAGCUUCCAGCAAGACCUUCCCCCUGAAGCGCACUACCGCUGCCUUGGCAGGUCCUGGCCCAUCCCCCAGCAGGUAUGCCGGGUGCUGUCCAAGACCUACCAGGCAGAGGACAGCAAGAUUGUAGUGGACGCCAAAAUAGUCUAUAAUCAGAGCAUCCCUCACAGUGGGCCACACAGGCCAUUUGGUGUAGCAGCAGGAGAGUACCGGUACUGCCCGCCCCAGCGCUGGCUGCACAACCUGAAGCAAGGUGGGGUCGCCUUCCUCUACCACCCCUGUGCUCACCCCUCCCUGCGGGGCCAGCUGACCCUGCUCGCCCGAGCCUGCCUGCCUGAUUACAUCCUCACCCCAUACGGUGGCCUCACGCAAGAAUGGCCCCUGGCCCUGGUGGCAUGGGGUGCCACCCUGCAGAUGGCAAAGGUGGAGUUGACCCAAGCUGUGGCAUGGCUGAAGAGACAUGCUGCCCCAAAGAGGAGAGGCAAUCCCUGGGCAGGCAGGAGGUAUCGUCAUUGGAUGACGCGCCCAGCAGUACGUGCUGUGGGCAGAGAUGUGUGCCCAGCACAUCGUAUGCAGGUCUUGCAGAAGCUUCUCUGCCACUUGGAUACCAACAGGAGACGCCGAGCGCUGCAGGCAUCAGACAGGCAGGGCACAGAGCACCACCCUCAUGGCUCCCGUGAGCGGAAUUUGGCAGUAGCUAGGCAUAGCCGAGACAAAAUCAUAGCCCUGCCUUCUGCUUCUUCUAAGUUGCAGGCCAAAAGGAAAGACGUUCUUGAGCCAGUGGUGGCUAAUGGAAGUUCCCAAAUGAGUAUUCUGGCCCAGCUGGGUACCAGACCUUCAGUUACAAUUGGCCAGACUGCAAGGGGAACGGCUCUGAAACUGACAUGUCCAUGUGCCGAUGGAGACCACCACCAAGCCCCAGGCCAGCCGCUGAAAGCAAAGGCUGAGGAGGUGGGCAAGCAUGUGCGCACACCUCGCACUGAAGAAGCCGCUUGGGCUGCCAGCGCUCUCACUUUCUUGCUGAUCAUGCUGACGCUGGCUGUGUUGUACACCCGGCUGCACCGGAAUUGCCGCCGCAGCCACUCUCUCUACUGGACAAUGAGUGCUGAAGACGGGCACGACACAGUGGCCACGGUCAUCAAACGCCGGAUUCUGUCAGCCCAGAGCAGGCGCAAAAAAAGACCCCGGCUGCAGCAGCACAGGGCGCUUCUACAGACUACAUCCAGCGACAGCUCUGAGUAGGGCCUGGACACCUCCUGGGAGGAGCUUUUGGCCGGAGGGAUCUCGGGUUGGGGGGAGAGGGGUGCAGGUCAGCACAACCCGCACACCAUUUCGGCCUUGGAAGGAGCUGGCUCCUUGCCUGGACUACUUUUUGAUUUUCUUACUAAAUAAAAUAUAUAUUUCCUACCAA